AUGGUGUCGGCGGUCCACGACGAUGACACGGACUACUCUGACCUCGACGAAGAGGCACCUUUGGCCGCACCAGCUUUGCGACACCAUUCUGGACCAAAAACCAGGAAACGAGUGAGCGAAAACACACCACUGUUGAGCACUUCACCACCUCCCCCAGCCUAUGCCGACGUGACGAGGUUAUACGGAACUCCGCCAUAUGUUGCUCGGAACGACUCAAAUCUUGUCCGGCCAAACGAAUUUCACCAUCAAGAUGCGACCACAUCGACUUACACGCGGACAGAGGAGCCAGAGAGCAUGGGCGAUCCGGAACGCAAUGCUCAAGACGGAAGGAAAGUGACCAAAAAGCGCAACAUCUUGACCAACCGAAAGGCUCUUGCAUGCCUAGUCUUUAUUCUUACGUGUUCUCUCAUCGGACUACUGACUGUAACAACGGUCAAGCACGACAAAAGUCAAGAUUCAAAUAGCGGCAAUGGCAGCCCUUCUCCUGUCGAUGGCUUCCCUCACUAUAUGAGAUGCAACAUCGGAUCCAUCGGCGACCCUCAAACUUUCACUUUUCAUGCGCCACGUAGCUUUAGCUUUGUCGAAAUAACUGAAGGAGCACACAAUCCUUCGAGCGACAUCAAUGGCCAGGUGCGAGUUAUGCUCGGCGAAGAGGACCAGGAACAUCCUCUGUACAUCGAGUUGCGAAUUGCAAAAUCGACAGCUGCGCAACAUUCACAAUUCAAGAUUGAAUAUACAGGCGAGAGCUUACGAGUGAAUGCUCCUGCUUACUCACCAAGCUCAUAUAGAGCUUGCAUGGAGAUUGAUUUGCGUAUCUGGAUCAAACCUGGAGCUCAACUCGAGCACUUGGAAAUUGCGACCGAGCAUCUUGACAUCAGAGUUGAACCCGGUCUGUUUCCACCGUCCCUCGAAACCACGCGGUCAGGUCAAAGCGAUGCGUACUACAUCAGUAACAACACCGAUUUUAUUACGGUCAUAGGAUCUCUCUACGCUGCAUACUGGGAGAGUGGGCGAGAGACUCGUAUAGACACUGUUUCAGGAAGUAUUAGUGGCCGCUUUUCUUUAAAGGACGUACUUUCAGUCAAAACAGUAUCGGGUAACAUCAACAUAAACGUGGAACCAAAAGCAGAGAGCCCAACCGAUCCUCGACCUGCUUCAUUUGAGGCAAUCACUGUAUCUGGAGGCAUCAAGGCCAUUUUCCCCAUGUCUAGCACGAUCGCCGAAAUCCCGCCACGUUUCUACCACACAAAAGUUGAGAGCAGAAGUGGAUCAGUUCACGGAAAUUACAUCCAUGGUAUCAACACUGAUAUCACUACAUCCAGUGGCUCAAUUGAUGUCAACGUUUUACCAUACACGGCUGACAGUACUGGAAGCUGGCUGCGCACGGAAUCCGCUGUGGGAGGAAUCCAUGUCAAUGUACUGCCAUCCUACGAGGACCCAGAAGACGUAAUGGGACAUCUGAGAAGUGUUCACAAGACCAAAUCUGGAAGUUUGCACAUCAAAUAUCCCCAACAAUGGGAGGGAAAGAUUGAGGCCGUGACAAUGUCAGGAAGUGUUAAGCUUCGCGGAAAAGAUGUUGAGGUGUUGAAGCGAUGGUCGGGAGCUGUUGGAGCACACGUCGUUGCGCAAAAAGGAGAGGCUAGCAGUGCCAUGGACCUGAGCACUUCCAGCGGUAGCGUAGAUGCAACAAUUGGUGAGUUGUGA